UUCUGGAUUUUUUUGUUAUUUUGUCUCUCACUGUUCAAAUAAACCUACCAUUAAAAUUAUAGACUGAUCCUUUCUUUAUCAGUGGGCAAACGUACAAAAUCAGCAGGGGAUCAAAUACUUUUUUCCCCCACUGUACAUAUGAUUGGAAUCUAUGACUAAAUUAACUCACUAAUCUUCUAAAAUAAUUUAAGAGCACAUGGAGCAAUGAACAGAUGGAAAAUAAGAGAUUUCAUGGACUCAACUAAUGCUAUUGAGAAUCAAAAUGAUGAUUGACCAUUGUUAUAUGAAUAGGUCACCAUGGUGGUCUUGAAUUGAAAUACAAAUCUGUAAGAAGUGAAUGUUGUGGAUAUUAUCAAUUUAAUAAAUUAUACUGAUUAAGAUGCCUUGCAAUUGAGUUUUAACUUGAUAGGUAACAUGGAUAAUUAACUCAAGCAGGGAUCAACAUAUCUGUAUCUGGUACAAUAUGACCAUGUUUAAUAAGCUGAUUUUUAAUAAGCUGCCUGUUGGGAUAAACUGCCAGUGGGAGGACAGUGUUGCAGGCACGAACUUGGAACUGGUCAGUGUCGAAAGGUUUGUGUGUGUUCCGGAAGAUUAACAAAAUCCACCAGAGAAGGACUUAUUGUUGAAAUUAUAUGUAAAAAACAGCUGUCUCAAUGAUGUGAGAGCCAAGUCCUUAGCUCAGCACUAUAUAAAGGGAGAAUGUCUUCUCUCUGCACAUUACAGCCACAGGCAUCCAGAGUAACCAGGAUGUUGAACAUCAGCAAGGUUCAGCUGCCUUUGCAGCUUCCUACCUUCUCCAGAUCCUCCGAUAGGCUUCUGCAACCUCUAUGGGACUAUUUCCUUUUCAACCACUACUUUCUCAUCUCCUCUCCCUUCUUCCCUGUCAUACUCUGCUUCUCCAGUUACUUCUUCUCCAGUCUCCCCUUUGCUGUACUAGACCUCCUGGGAGACAAGGUCCCCUCCAUUCACCGCUACAAGAUCCAGCAAGAGAGACGUCCAACCAUGAGGAUGAUGGCAAAGAGCUUCGGAAGGGCUGUGUAUAACCACUUGAUCUUUGUUUUGCCUGCUGUGCUGACUCAGACCUGCUUUAUGCCUUCAGUGGCGCUGCCUUCCAGUGCUCCAACUAUGGUAGAGGUUCUCAUUGAUGGACUUGCUGCCCUUCUUCUUUUUGACACCCAGUACUAUAUGUGGCACUUUGUGCACCACAAGCAUCCACAACUGUAUCGGUGGGUCCAUGCCAUCCACCACGAAUACAUGGCACCCUUUUCCUGGAACACCCAACAAAUCAGCAUUCCAGAACUGUUAACAGUGGGAUUCUGGAGCAACCUGGACCCCAUCCUGCUGAAAUGCCACCCUUUUACAACCUGGUGCGUCACCAUCUUCAGUAUCUGGAUGUCAGUGGAGGACCACAUAGGCUAUGACCUGCCAUGGGCUCUCAACCACCUGGUACCAUUUGGUCUGUUAGGAGGAGCACCAGCUCAUGACAUGCACCACCAGAAGCCCAACAGUAAUUAUGCACCUUUCUUCAGCCACUGGGACAGGCUAUUUGGCACUGCCAUCCUGCCAGGGAAAAUAACUGAGAAAAAAGUUGUGUAUUCACUGUAAAUUGGACCAUUCAUUAUAAUUUUGAUUACCCUCAUGCUUACAUGUUAAUUAGAAUGUAUUUGUUAUUCUUAGUACUUUACCGACAUCAAUUGUAUUAAA